GUUUCGAGUCCCAGAGCUAAAAUAAAUAAACAAAUAAAUAUAUAAACAAAACGCGUCACCCAUGUACUGGAUUAUGAGGGGAAACUAACAGAGUCGGCAAGUGGAGGAGAGCUUGGAUCUGAUCAGAGACUUUGUGCUUGUUACCGCGGAUGGGAGGCUCACUCCACUGACCAGCCAGACGGAGAGAAGAGGAAUGGCAUGUAAUUCCAGGUGAUAAGGAGGAGGAAGUCUUCUUCAGUGUAACACAGGACACAGAUGAAUGUUUGCCAUGCCACAUGGGAAGGCCCUGAAGUCUGCCCUGCUCUUCCUCCUCAUCCUCAUCCUCUUUGGCACAGCCUUCAGUCGCUCUUAUCCCCGUUUUUCCCGUAAUGACACCGUCUUCCAGCACCUGGCACUCCACCCGGAUCCCUCUGUGGGGACGGUGUACGUGGGGGCCAAGGACUGCCUCUUCCAGCUGGACGGAUUAGACGGACUUCGGCUGGAACAGGAGGAGCGGACCGGUCCUGUGAUUGACAGCAAAGAUUGCCUUCCCCCUGUCACUGAAUCUAACUGUCCUCAGGCCAGGAGAACCAGCAACCACAACAAGUUGCUGCUGGUGGAUCCGCAGGCAAUGGAGCUGAUCACCUGUGGCAGCGUCCACCAGGGCACCUGCCAGAAGCGAAGCCUGGCGUCUGUCAAAGAGGUGCUCUUCUCCACCGAGAGGCCUGUGGACACUCAGUACGUUGCAGCCAAUGAUCCCCUGGUGUCGACUGUUGGGCUGGUGGUGGGGCCUCGCGUAGAGGAAAGGACGGUGAUGUACGUUGGUCGGGGCUACACCGCCAGCCACCCGCCCAUCUCCACCCGCCACCUCUCUUUAGAACCUGUGUUUUCGUAUGAGGAGACGGCCAAGCUGGCUGUGGCUGGGCGGCUUUCAGAGUACGACCACCAUUUCGUGACGGCAUUUGCCCGGGGCAUGUAUGUCUACUUCUUGUUCUACCGGCGUGACAUCAAGGCAGUGUCAAGAGAAUACCGGACCUACGCUGCCCGUGUGUGCCUGGAUGACACCUCCUACUACUCAUAUGUGGAGGUUCCCCUUGUGUGCCGUUCACCAUCUUCCUCUUCCUCAUCCAGGAAUUAUAACCUGCUCCAGGCAGCCCAGGUGGGGCAGGGUGGAGGCCGGGAGGGCGAGGCUUUGCUGGGAGUCUUCUCCACCCGCAUCAGCUCCACUAACAACAAUCCAUCAGACAACUCGGCUCUAUGUGUCUACCCUCUGGAUGAACUGGACAAGCGCAUAGACUCCACCCGUGACCUCUGCUACACCCAGGAUGGACGGGUGGAGGGAGGAGGGGAGGUGGCAUACAUCGAGUAUGAUGUCAAGUCCAGUUGUGCCAUCCUGCCCAGGAACACCCUGAAAGCGUAUCCCUGUGGUUCUGACCACACCCCCAGUCCAAUGGCAAGCCGGAUACCACUGGAAGCCGAAGCCGUGUUAGACAGCCCCGCUGCCCGUCUCACCGCUGUGGCCGUCAGUGUCAGGGAGGGACACAGCAUCGCCUUCCUUGGAGACUCCAAAGGGAGACUUCACAAGGUAUUUCUGGGCCCAGAUGGUCAGGUGGAGAUGUAUGCGAGCACAAGCAUCCAGCCCAGCUCCCCCAUCAACAGCGACCUUCUGCUGGACCAGACAGGAGCGCACAUCUACAUCAUGACGGAUACUGCAGUGGAGAAACAUCCGGUGGCUGAGUGUGGAGAUCACCUGGACUGUCAGUCAUGUCUGUCAGCCAAAGACCCCUACUGUGGCUGGUGUGUGCUGGAGGGACGGUGUGGCCAGCGCUGGGAGUGCCAGCGAGGCUCCCUGCAGGGCCACUGGCUGUGGAGCUUUGACCAGAAGCAGCAGUGCCUCAGCGUCCAGCACCUCAGCCUCUACAACAUCAGCAGGGGGGAGAAAACUGAUGUCUCGGUGUCAGUAGCCGGCCUUCCCAGCCUGGCAGAAGGAGAAGCCUAUUCUUGCUUCUUCCAGGACACAGAAAGUGCGGCUCUGCUCACCAGCACUGGUGUGAUAUGCUCCACCCCUGAUGCCAGCAGCCUGCCUCUCAUUGGCCAGGGAGAUGAUUUUGUGAUGGUGACGCUCUCCCUGCGUUUCCUGAAUGUGACUGUGGCAGAGACGGAGUUCACCUUCUACAACUGCAGCUUGGUCCAGCAGCUGUCUGGACGCAGGCCGUGCCAAGGCUGUGUCAGCAGUCGCUGGGGAUGUAACUGGUGUGUUCACCAACACGUGUGCACACACAAACACACGUGCGACCGAGGAGUCACCAUCUACAACCAGAAUUUCAAACCGCCAGCACCCACCACCACACCACCAACCAGAAAACCGACCCCUUUACCUCCCACUGUUGUGGCUGCUACAACAACAACAACAACAGCAACAACAACAAGAGCGACCCAACCACCACCCACAAAGCCUCCUGCUCCUACAAUAGCAGCUGUCCCAACCACAGUGACACCCUCCACCACCCCGGAGUCCACUGCUGCAGCUACCUCACCCCCUCCUCUGGCCAGGACCUCCCCCUAUGUCAGCCUGCCCACCCAGGCCACCACCACACACAUGCAGGUGACCACGCAAGGCAGGGAGGCAACUUCACUGGGAGAUGUCAGCACCACCACAGCCUCUGCAGAGCACAGCAGCGCUGGUGAUGAUCUGGUAAUUGAGACGAAAUCCUUGGACGUCUCUGGUGUGUCUCCCAGGAUGACGUUACCCAGCAGCACCGUCAGCCAAACUGACUCCGACCUCGGUCCUCUGGAACCGUCCGGUGAAGCUGGGGGUUCCUCCUCUGGCGUAAGCUCAAGCACCUCCAGCGAGACGGCCCUGCUCGUGGACGAUAAGCAGGGAAUUCCUCUGGCUCGCUCCGAGGAGAACGACUCGGCGGUCUGGAUGAAGGAGUGGGAGAAGAUAGAGGGAGAGACAGAGACAGAGGUGGAGGUGGACACACCGCCUCUCUCUGUAACAGUCCCAUCUGUAGCAGACGGCAGUGAAAAUUCGUUCACCUAUACACACUCCCCUAACACUGACCCUAACCCUGACUCGGCAGCAAACUACCAAUCAGAUUCCUCGACUGAUUCUAAGUUGCUGCAGGAGUGUCCGUGUGUGGAGAAAGUGCAGGGUUCCUCUCUCCUCCCGGUCAAUGUGGAGAGGAAGAUCACUCUGGUGGGACAACACCUGAACCUGUUUCAGGAUAAGGAUUUGGACUACGAGUGCGUGUUGGACAUUGAGAAUCACUCCGUGGUGGUGGAUGCUGCCGUGGAGGCCGACGCCGCGCGGCCGUCAGUCUUCUUUAUCACCUGCCAGCUGCACCAGUAUGCAUAUUCAGCCUCGAUGGAAGAAUACCAAGCCAUGAUCAACGUGAGAAGAAAAAACAACUUCCUCAUUGACAGCGCGGAGGAUCUGUAUGUGACUCUCUUCAACUGUUCGGUGGGACGGUCCGACUGCAGCCGAUGCCGUACGGCCGACCCAAAGUAUGGCUGUGUUUGGUGUGGCGGCACUGCUACCUCUCGCUGUGUCUAUCAGGGCUCCUGCACCGAUGAGAUCAAACACACCUGUCCUGCGCCCGUCAUUCACUUUUUGGACCCGGUGUCCGGCCCCGUAGAGGGAGGGACAGUAUUGACCAUCUCAGGCUCUAACCUUGGCCAGAGGGCUGAAGACAUCCAGAACUCGGUCACGGUCGCUGGCGUUCCCUGCAACGUCAUCCACAGCAGAUAUGAGGUGUCCUCAAGGAUAGUGUGUGAGACCACUAGCAGUGGAGGAGAGAAGAGCGGUCAGGCCUCAGUCAAAGUGAGGGGAGGAGGACACGGACUGUCGGCUCAGACCUUCAGCUUCCAGGACCCCGUCCUGAGCAGCAUCUUCCCCCAGAGAGGUCCGAAGGCGGGAGGCACGGCUCUGAGCAUCAGAGGCCAGAGACUGAGGACCGGACACCCCAGUGAAGUCAGUGUCCUGAUCGGAGGGGUGCCCUGCAUUGUGCUGAACAUCCAGGAGGAUCAGAUCGGCUGUCUGACCGGAGGCAGCAACAGAACAGGAGAGCACAGCAUCACUGUGCGGUUUGGAGGGGCAGAACGCCACCUACAGGGCGUGGUGUAUCAUUACACCCCCAACCCCAACAUCACUAUGGCUGCUCCAUCCAAAAGCUUCCUCAGGGGAGGCAGAAUCAUCAAAGUAUCGGGUCAGAACCUGGAUGUGGUGCAGGAGCCCAAGAUCCGAGUCACCCUCAGUCCUCCUGACACUCUCCCUCCCAGGAGGAGAAGGAGCACCGGGGGCAGGAGUGGAGGACACCUGAGCAGAGGGCAAGACCACCAGGGCCCGCUGAAGAGAUGGAGGAGGAUCGUCCCAGAGCCAGGCUGCCCUGAGGGUGCACUGUGCCACGUCAAACAGUACGAGUCUCGCUGCACAGUGAGCAGCUCCUCCCUGAUCUUGUGUCCGACCCCGGCGGUGGGUCCAGAGGCCAGGAGGGCCACGGUCAAAGUUCACUUCCUGCUUGACAGCCUCCAUUUUGACUUCAGUACUGUCGGCAGCGAAGCCUUCAGCUAUGAGCCCAACCCGGUGCUCUACCCGCUAAACCAGAAUGACCCUGGCAAACCGUACCACCACAAACCCGGCAGCAUCAUCUCUGUGGAGGGGGAGAAUCUAGACCUGGCCAUCUACAAAGACGAGGUGGUGGCUCUGAUAGGGGACGGGUUGUGCGCGGUGAAGACCCUGACCCAUAACCACCUGUACUGUGAACCGCCGGCCCAGCAGCCCUCAGUCACAGCCGGCAGGAAACAGGAGGGGGUGGACAGUCUGCCUGAGUUCACAGUGCAGAUGGGAAACCUGAACUUCUCCCUAGGCAGAGUUCAGUACGACAGCCAGGCCCAGUCCACGUUUCCUCUGGAGGCCCAGGUGGGAGUCGGGGUGGGAGCCUCCAUAGUGGCUCUCAUUGUGCUCAUCAUAGUGCUCGUAUACAGGAGGAAGAGCAAACAGGCCAUGAGGGACUAUAAGAAGGUCCAGAUCCAGCUGGAGAACCUGGAGACCAGUGUGAGAGACCGCUGCAAGAAGGAGUUCACAGACCUGAUGACAGAGAUGAUGGACAUGUCCAGCGAUCUGGUGGGUUCAGGGAUUCCGUUUCUGGAUUACCGGGCCUAUGCUGAGCGCAUUUUCUUCCCCGGCCACCAGGAGUCACCACUGAGGCGAGAUUUGGAUGUGCCAGAGAGUCGCAGGCAGACCGUGGAGCAGGGGCUGGUUCAGCUGUCCAACCUGCUCAACAGUAAACUCUUUCUCACCAAGUUUAUUCACACUCUGGAGGUCCAGCGGACAUUCUCUCCCAGGGACCGGGCCUACGUGGCCUCACUGCUGACUGUAGCCCUGCAUGGCAAACUGGAAUACUUCACAGACAUCCUGAAGACGCUGCUCAAUGAUCUGGUGGAGCAGUACGUGGCCAAGAACCCCAAACUCAUGCUCAGGAGAACUGAAUCGGUGGUCGAGAAGCUCCUGACAAACUGGAUGUCCAUUUGUCUGUUCACCUUUCUGAGGGAAUCAGCAGGGGAGUCUUUCUACAUGCUGUUCAGAGCCAUAAAGCACCAGGUGGACAAGGGACCUGUGGACGCUGUGACAGGAAAAGCCAAGUACACCCUGAACGACAACCGGCUGCUACGAGAGGACGUGGAGUAUCGCACGCUGACCUUGAAUGUCCUGAUGCCGGCUGUGGGCGCCACUGGUGGUGCCAGCACCCAGACGGUGCCAGCCAAGGUCCUGGACUGUGACACCAUCACCCAGGUGAAAGAGAAACUUCUGGAACAAACCUGGAAGGGAACCUCCUUCUCCCAGAGGCCACACAUUGACUCGUUACACCUUGAGUGGCGUGCAGGUGUCGCAGGUCACCUCAUUCUAUCAGAUGAGGACCUGACAUCAGUGGUGCAAGGCUCUUGGAAGCGUCUCAAUACACUGCAGCACUACAAGGUCCCUGAUGGAGCAACUGUUGCCCUGGUUCCCAGGAACACCAAACAUCUUCUCCACGACAGUCAUGAUUACAUGCCUGGAGAGAAGACCCCCAUGCUGGAUGACGGGGAGGAGGGAGGCAUGAGGCUUUGGCAUCUGGUGAAAGCCAGCGAGGAGUCCGAGCUGCCCAAGCACAGGAGGGGCAGUCUGAGGGAGAGAGGGGGCGAGAGGGCCAAGGCCAUCCCCGAGAUCUACCUCACACGACUGCUCUCCAUGAAGGGCACACUGCAGAAGUUUGUGGACGAUCUGUUCACAGCGAUCCUCAGCACCAGCCGUCCCGUCCCCCUGGCUGUCAAAUACUUCUUUGACAUGUUGGACGAGCAGGCUCUGCAGCACAACAUCACUGACCCUGAGACCAUUCACAUCUGGAAGACCAACAGUUUACCGCUACGGUUCUGGAUCAAUAUCCUUAAGAACCCCCAGUUCAUCUUUGACGUUCAGGCCUCGGACCACGUAGACGCCGUGCUCUCAGUGAUUGCCCAGACCUUUAUGGAUUCCUGUACCAUCGCUGACCACAAACUGGGACGGGACUCUCCUAUCAACAAGUUGCUGUACGCCAGAGACAUCCCGCGCUACAAACAGAUGGUUGAGAGGUAUUAUGCAGACAUCCGUCAGACCAUCUCUGCCAGUGACCAGGAAAUGAACUCUGCUCUAGCAGAACUCUCUCGUAAUUACGCAGGCGAGGUCAACUAUCUCGUGGCCCUACAUGAGCUGUACAAGUAUAUCAACAAAUACUAUGAUCAGAUCAUCACAGCCCUGGAAGAAGACCCCACGGCCCAGAAGAUGCAGCUUGGCUACAGGCUCCAGCAGAUAGCCGCUGCUGUGGAGAACAAGGUCACUGACCUAUGACCCCCAAGGACUGGAUAUGUGCGACCACUGAUCUAGAGGAAAGGAACAUAGAUGGGGAUUUGUCCUGACUCUUGGAGAAAGGAGAGAAGGUUUUCUUGAGGGACAAAUAGGACGUCAAAUAGGGAGCAACGACUGUGAAAUGAAAGGAGAGAAAGGGACAUUGCUGUACUUCAUGUGAUUACACUGUCAUUGUGAACGAUGGACUUGGUAACGAGAUAAACAAUUUCAAGAGGAUCGCUGACUUUGGAAGCGUUUCCUGCUGCACUGUUCCAGGGGAAUCAGAUUCCCUUCUUGAAAUUUCCACAGGUCCUGACUCUAGCAGAAAGAGGACACUGCUUUGAGGAGAAGCAGGAAGACAUUCCUCUGAAUCGUGACGUAUAUUUUUGGGACUUCCCCUGUCUUUAUUUUGAACAGAAGGGAGAAAUAUGAAAAAAAACAAAAAAAAAACGAUAAUGUUGUUUGUAUUCUGGCUGUUUCUCGGUGGAAUUAGAUUGAAGAUCUUCUCAACAGACUGCACAGAACAUUCCCGUGCCAAGUUUACAACACUGACUAGUCUUCGGCUGAGGGAUGGAUACUGUAGGCGUUUGUUCGGUGGAGAAACUACGAAAGAGGAGGAAGAGGAAAAGGGAAAAGGCGGACUGGAACCCUGAUGGUGACAGCUGUGGAGUUUUCUAGCACAUCAUGUCAAAGUCUUACUACAGGAGGACAAAAACAGAUGACGACACUUUCAAAGUGCUGUAGAUCCUUUCGUAGGAGCAGGAGGAAAGAUGUACUCAGUGUUCAUUCUGCCUUCAGAUCCCUUGAAUCAUUCUUCCAUGUCUUACUUUCUAAGAGUUUAAGUAGCUUUUGCUGGACAGUAUGUGAUGUGUCUUUCACGUAAACAGAUUUCAAGUAGCAACUUUGUUUUCCCUUCUUUAGCCUCACAUUGCCAGCUGUCAUUCUAAUUCAUAGAUACGAAAGCAGUGUUUUGUACUCGUUUCAUGUACUUAUGUUAUUACAGUAUGUUGAGGAUGAAGUACACUGAAUACUCCUCGACCGGCUGUCUUUUAUUUGUUUGUGUUAUGUGAAUGUCCCUUGUCUGGGAUAAUGUCUCGCAGAUGUUGAGUAUAAAAUGACCCAAGACAGUUUGACUGAAGUGCCUGUAGCUAAAACAUAAAAAUCGAUCCGUCCUAAUGACACAACCAUGAACUGAAAUUUUACCAACUCAUUGACCAACACAAAUCCUAUUCUCGCACAACUAUUGCCUAUUGUCAUUCAGUUACAAAAACACAAUCUUAUUGCGAAAACAUUUUAGGCAAAGGUAGCCUUUUUUAGCUGUUGUCUCUGCCAAGUCAGUGUUGGAUUUACUCUUUUCUGAUGCAGCAUCAACUCUAAUGAAGGUUUGUCUCAUUACUAUGGUCACUUGACUGCAGUGAUGUCGCACACUGCAGCUGAUCUAUGUCUACAUUUAGUCAAUGUAAUGUUUACUAAGGCUAUUUAAUAUUAUUGACACAUAGUACUUUCUUCAGGCUUAAGGACAAACUUUGGAAGGUUUUUGGAGAAUGUUGUUUCUUCCGGAUAUCUGACAAGGUUGCUACCUGCCAAUUUCUCGUUACACAACUCUAUACUCUGUACAUGUUGUGCUACCACCAACAGCUAUGCCCCUGUUUUUAAGCUUUAAGUUGUGUUAUGUUUUGAUGUCUGAAUGGACACAAGAAUCUGACAGUGUUGUAGCAGGCCAAAGCCUUGUUUGGUCUUCUUGAUCCCUUAGGACUUUGAGCAAAAUGUCAAAGCUUAAAAUCUCACAAAUGUCAUUUUAAUCAGUUGCAAUUGCAGUUUAAACGUUAAACAAAGGUUUCCCCCCGCCGCUUUUGCUCUUCUUAAUCUGGUGCCACAUGUGAAAGUCUUUUUGCUAGGUUUUUCCAAUUUAAUUUAUUAUUUAUUUAUUUCCUUGCAUAUAUUGUUGUUUGGUUAUGUAUUUGCAAAGUUAUAAAAUAUCACUGGUCAUACCCUGACAUCCGUCAAAUCGGAUGUUAGGUCUGGUAUCAUGCAGUGCCUAUCCUGGUUGAGAAAAUGAAAACAAUUAGCUGGUUUGAGUCGAUGCUGGUAAACGUACCAGCAAGAAAACCUUUUUUUUUUUUUUUUUUUUGUUUAAAGCCUCCUGGUGUUUGUUUUGAUCCCCUUUGCUACUUUAAGUUUGCAGGUUGACAAAAGUUAUACUUAACUCCAAGUCAAAAUUCAGAAUGACAUGCUCUAGGACUCUGGUACUACUAUUGCUGUUACUGUUAUCUCAAGCUCUUGUUUUACAUUUUGCAUUUGUUUUAGAACUGAAAUUAUGAGAAAGGAAUAUAGUUCACAAAAAUUGCCUUGUACAGUGAAAAAAGAAAAAAUAGAGGUAUCAGUUCUUUCUCUGCCAUGUUGCUUGUUACUUACUUGUGUAUGCAAAGCUGAAUUCCAAUGUUUUGUUUACCGCGGUCCUGUAGAUACACGCUGUUGUUAAGUAAUCCUGACCAUAGUGUUCUCUAACCAGUUGAUAGGAUGAGCCUAACAGCAACUUAAUAUGACGCAAUAAAGUGGUCCAAAUGUCA